AGUAAGUGUACUGUUAACGAAGAAAGAUUCCGGUUUCGCUGGGUACGACACCAGGUUCGCAAUAUUCUCGAGCUCUCCCAGAGGGCAACCUGCAAGCGGGCCCAUCGCAGGUACAUACUGGGAUCGGAGAUUCCAGUAUCCAUGCUCGUACAAACAGCUCCAGGUGAAUACCCAUUUACUGUAAUUCCAUACCUCUUCAACUCGAUGCAGGCAGUCUGCACGAUUCACCGCACAGCGAUUUUAAAUACCGAAUACGCAACCAAAUUCUGCGAUGUUUGUUUCCCACUUCAGAAUUUGCAGCGAUCAAUCUUCCGCCCCGACCUUGCUUUGUCAUCUGUAACGCGGCAUACUUGAAGCACAAGAAGGUACCACGUGCAUUGACCUCAAGGAUGUUGUCAUAACUUUCAACGCUUGAAUGUCCACACUUCCUAGCUCCUGCACGGUCUUCUCAAUGAUAGCGAUCACGUCUGCCUCUGAGGACACGUCUCCUGGAGCACUAAUUGCACGCCGCCCUUUCUUGUGCAAGUCUUCGACAACAGUUUGAUCUGAUCUUGCUUCAAAGCAAGAUCAUUAACAGCCACGUCGAUGCCAUCAUCAGCGAGUCUGUGAGUAAUGGCACAUCCAAUAGCCUGUGCGGCACCAGGAACAAUUGCAACACGUGGAGUAUAGUCACUGAACGGAGUAACUAGUGCAUGAUCGUCUUGAAUGGAGCGGUUCAAUCUUGAGCUUGCAAUAGAGAAAGGUGGGGAAAAACAAAGGUGAAGUCAACGAAGCAGUUCCACGAGCCGAGAUAAAUAUCAAGGAAGAUCGAGGGAACCGUGUAGCCGUCAGCAUCAUGUCAUGAUACAUAGACCUGGAUGAUAAGAUUGAACGAGAACCAUAUUUAAGGUCUUAAAUGACGCUGAAGGCACGCACGAUCAGAUCGAAUACGCUAGUUUUCCGCAUAUCAGCGCAUUAAUAGAUAUGAGGAAAGUUUAUGGAUCCGUGUUGUCCUGACAAUACACGCAACUAUGCGAAUGGAAUUCGGAGAUUUGUUUUGUCCAUUGCUGCAUUCGUUCACCUAUUCACCGGAGGGCGCGCACUGCGCCAUAAUCCAGGACCGUGACUGGAAACCUUGACCCCAACAAUCAAGGAAUGGCUUAUCCAAGUCCAAUGGUGAGAAAUUAAGCCACAGUCAGCAGAGCAUAUAUUCACGUAAAUCCGAUUCUACGGAAGAGUGUAUCAACAGCACCUGCGAUUUCG